CCCCUGACCAAAUGGAUCAGUAACGAAGGAGAUGUAACCAGGAAGGAUUUAUGAGGGCUUUCCUGAAGGCAAACUGGCUCUUUUGAGACUAUGCUGGCUGCUCAGCUAUUCUUUCUCAUCAGCCUGCUCUUUGUCAUCCGGCUGGAGCAGAGCCGAGGGAAGGACGUCUCAUUAGAGGCUGAAAAACGUAGAGGAGGUAAUGAGGUCAUUACCUCAUCUCCAGUAUUGGCAACAGAAGUGGAUCAAGACAUCAGCUUCGGAUACAAAGGGUCUCGUCUCCGACAGGAAGACUUCCCACCCCGGAUUGUAGAGCACCCGUCUGAUUUGAUUGUGUCCAAAGGGGAACCAGCUACGCUCAACUGUAAGGCAGAGGGCCGUCCAACCCCGACAGUGGAAUGGUACAAAGAUGGCGAGCGCGUUGAGACGGACCGAGACAACCCGCGCUCCCACCGCAUGCUGCUGCCCAGCGGAUCCCUCUUCUUCCUGCGCAUCGUCCACGGACGUCGAAGCAAGCCAGACGACGGCAGCUACGUCUGUGUGGCCCGAAAUUAUCUGGGCCAGGCGAUCAGUCACAAUGCAUCCCUGGAAGUAGCUAUUUUGCGAGACGACUUCAGGCAGAACCCCGUUGACGUCAUGGUUGCCGUUGGAGAGCCUGCGGUGCUGGAGUGCCAACCCCCCCGUGGACACCCAGAGCCCACAAUCUCCUGGAGGAGAGACGGCGCCAACUUGGAUGACAGAGACGAACGCAUCACAAUCCGGAGCGGCAAGCUUAUGAUCACCAACACCAGGAAGAGCGACGCGGGGAAGUACAUCUGCGUGGCCACUAACAUGGUGGGGGAGAGGGAGAGUGAGAUUGCGGUACUCACUGUGCUAGGUAGUAUUUACUCCUUUUGUUAUUCCACUAUAGCGUGUGUGUGUGUGUGGUUUUUUUUUAAACUGCUUCACUUAGUCGAAAACAAUAAGCUUKGGGUAGAGGGGUUAUUUUGUUGUCAUCCAGUGAGAAGAUGUUGCUGUAUGGUCAAGUUCUGCAUCACUCAUUCCACUGUUCUUUUGUUUCUUCCUUCUCUUCUAGUCGACACGGUGCCCCCCGCCUUCGCCGUUCGCCCCAGGAACCAGGUGGUGUCGGUGGGCAGGACGGUCACCUUCCAGUGCGAAGCCACGGGCAACCCGCAGCCGGCCAUUUUCUGGCAGAGGGAGGGCAGCGAGAGUCUUCUGUUCUCCUACCAGCCGCCACAGCCCUUCAGCCGUCUGUCUGUCUCCCAAAUGGGCAGCUUAACCAUUACGGACGUUCAGCGCUCUGACGCGGGCUUCUACAUCUGCCAGGCUCUCAACAUAGCUGGCAGUGUCAUUACUAAAGCUCUGCUAGAAGUUACAGAUGCUGGAUCAGAGCACCCCCCUCCCGUCAUCCGGCAGGGUCCCGUCAAUCAGACGGUUCCCGUUGACAGCACGGUCGUACUGGGUUGCCAAACUGUUGGCGCUCCGCCUCCCACUGUCCACUGGAAGAAGGACGGCACAGUGGUCUCUCCGGUGGAUUCUCGGAUGUCCCUAACAGAAACGGGGUCACUGAAGAUCCACUAUGCAAAGCUGGGCGAUUCAGGGUUCUUCACAUGUGUUGCUUCUAGUCCGAGUGGAGAGGCUUCCUGGACCGCAUAUCUGCAAGUGGAAGAGUUUGGCGUUGUUGUCCAGUCUGGUCAUCCCAAAGACUCCCACCUGAUUCCUGGUGCUCCGUCUAAACCUGAAGUUUCUAAUGUUAGCCGGAUGUCUGUCACGCUGUCAUGGAAAUCCAGCCCUAAUCCUGGCGUAGYGCCCACAUCCUACUUAAUAGAAGCAUUCAGCUAUACGUUAGGAAACAGAUGGGUGACCUUAGCAGAGCAUGUGAAGACUGAGUCCCAUGUUCUGACUAAUCUGAAACCUGGAGCUGUUUAUCUCUUCAUGGUCAGAGCCAGUAAUAUUUAUGGCCUUAGUGAUCCCAGUCCAAUCUCUGACUCAGUCAGAACUCAAGACAGCUCCUCCACCAUGCAGGGRGUGGACCACCGUCACAUCCAGAGAGAACUGGGAGAUGUUGUGAUCCACCUACACACACCGACAGUCCUGUCGUCUUCAGCUGUCCGGGUGCACUGGAUGGUGGAACAGCAGUCCCCUUACAUCCAGGGCUACAAGGUGCUUUACAGGGUAUCCGCGGAGCAUGGGCAGCCGGAAUCGCAGUGGGCUGUUCUGGAAUUGCGUGCCCUGCCGGAGGACGGGGUGGUGAUCAGUCAGCUAAAGAAGGGAUGCAUCUACGAGUUCAAAGUGCGACCUUUCUUUGAUGAGUUCCAAGGAGCUGACAGUGAGGUGAAGGUUGUCAGGACAUUGGAAGAAGCCCCRAGAAGAGCUCCCCARGGURUUACAGUMACGAAGAGCGAUGCCAAUGGGACUGCUAUCCUUGUUUCCUGGAAGCCACCUCCAGAGGGGGGAGAGGAMGGAAUCAUUCAGGAAUACAAGAUCUGGUGCCUGGGUAACGAGAGCCGCUACCACGUGAAUCAGUCGGUGGAUGGGUCAACYUUCUCUGUGCUCAUUCCCAGUCUGGCUCCAGGAAUUCGCUACAGCGUAGAAGUUGCAGCGAGCAACGGUGCCGGGCCGGGAGUCAAGAGCRAUGUGGCGUUCUUUCAAUUAGAUUCUGCCGGCCAGAUGAUGGACAUCAGUGACAAAAGAGGCACCUUGUCCCAGAUCUCAGAGGUGGUGAAGCAGCCGGCUUUUAUCGCAGGCAUUGGCGCCACCUGCUGGCUCAUCCUCAUGAUUUUCAGCGUGUGGCUGUACCGUCAUCGCAAGAAGAGGAGUGGCCUCAACAGCACAUACACCGGCAUCCGGAAGGUCCCAUCUUUUACGUUUACACCUACAGUGGCAUAUCAAAGAGGAGACACUGUGUGCGGAGCUGGCAGGCCUGUCCCUCUCAGCAUGGGCGAGCCUCUGAACCAGCUGUGGCUGCCAGACAACUGGCCAAACGCAUGUGCCAAUCAUAAGGACUGCAGCAUCAACUGCUGCAAUAAUGGCAACGGCACCAGUGACAGCAACAUGACAACAUACAGCCGACCAGCUGACUGCAUUGCCAGCUAUGGAAACCACCCAGAAAACAAGCAGGGGGGACAGCUUGGUUCUGAGACCCCCAUAUACAGCGACGUGAAUCUCUCCAGCAAGCUCACUGAGAUUAAGACGUUCAACAACUCCAACUUUUGCUACACGAGCCCGGGAGGAGACUCGUCGGGCACGUACGAGCCCAUACCGUAUGCCACCACGCAGCUCAUUCAGGCCAACAUUAAAAACAAGGCCGCCGCCAGCUGUGCAGCCGAGCCCCCGGACAUACCCUGCUGGAAGCAGCCGCCCAACCUGCCGCCGAUACCCAAGGAGAUGGCAGCGCUGAUGCAACACAGCACAGCCGAACAGAGCUGUAACGAUCUGCAGGGAAGCGAGGGCAUGAUCCACCCCAAGACCAUGCCGUACAACCAGACCCGCGACCACAGCACAGGAGGCUCCCACCAGAGCUCCGACAGAGGCAGCAGCAGCACCUCAGGGAGCCAAAAUCMAAGGAAAGGAAUGCGGGCCCAGAAGAUUCCCAAACACAACGCGGUGAACUGGGGGGACGCCGUGUCCGAUCCUCAUCCRAACGCCUGGGACUGCGACGAGUACAGUCUACCCAUGGAGAGGAGCUUUGAUCCAGAGGAGAGACUGGACAGCUGCCCCACUCCCCCGGUCAGAGGAGUAGCCUCAUCAACUACUGAAGCGUCCUGCAGCGGCGUACCCGCCACUCCACCGCAGGGAGACCUUAGCAACGGCCUGCAGGAUGGAGCCGAACACCUCACCCACACAUACUGCUCUAUACUGGACACAGACGGACCGGAGGAGAACGAGGAGGAGGCCGACGAGGAGACUGAGGCCGUGCUGGCGGAAGAUCUCUACAGCCAAUCCCAGCACCACCUGAAGCACAAGCAGCAGCCGCACCACGUCUCUCCGCACAAGCUGCUCCUGCAAGGUCUGGAGCAGACGCCGGCCUCCAGCACCGGGGAUCUGGACAGAUCGGUCACAGGGUCUAUGGUCAACAGCUGGGGCUCAGCGUCUGAGGAUAACAUCUCGUCAGGCAGGUCCAGCGUCGUCAGCACCUCAGAGGGCUCUUUCUUCACAGACGGCGAUUUCAACCAGGCUGUGGCCUCUUCCAGGGAUAUUGUAGGCCUGCGCGUGUGCAGGUACCCUGAGGUGCCAGGUUGGCGGCACCAGCGAGCAAGCAGCCCMAUGUCGACGGACAGCAACAUGAGUCCUGCGAUAACACACAAAAGGCCCAGACGCCAUAAACCAAACCAAUCUGGACAACAGGACUACCAAUCCAAAGAUAUCUUCAGCGACGACUCUUGCAUGCCUCUAAAUUUCACGAACCAGAUGUCCCRCGACGACCAUAAAGCGAGGGGGGCAACUCUGCCUCGGAUGGGCUCCGGGCAGGGCCGGGCCAGACGRGGCAGCGCMGGGACUCACAGGGCCAGAGACGGAGCGACCGAGCAGAGAGAGAGUCAAGAAAUGAACAAGGUUCCACAUGGGCCUAAAGGAAACAACAACAACAACCGACAGCAUUCAGAAUUUGUGGACGUGCUUUUGUACAGUCGUCCAUCUUUCCCRUCAGGCCAGCCUCAGAGGGAGUCRGGCUGCAAUCCAUCAAACUUUCAGUCAUGUGGAGGCUCAAGGUCCAAACAGGGAGAGCAGGUCAUCCUCACAGAACAGGUGGAAGAGAGGACUCCCGACUCCGGAGUCAUCACAAUCCGAGCUCGCUCUGUUGUGGCCUCGUCAAGCAGCGGAUCGAAACGCUGCACAGCACCUGGUGUUUCCCAAGCAAUAGAUUAA